GAACUGAGCAGCCGAAUGAAGCUCAUCAGUCCCCUGAAGCGUAUUAUCUGUACCUGUGGAAACUAAACGCACAUUAGUGUCUGUAACUGAAGAAAACUUUAUCUUCUUGGAUGUUUUCCUGCCGUGGAUUUCCGCUGUGAGGAGCUUUGAAGUUUGGAGCCACUUUUUUCCCCAAGCGGAGCGUAAAUGCAGCUUUGUGCUACUUUAUUUUUGCACGGAUUGAACCGUUAAGACGCUUUUCUCAGUCGUAACGAGUUCAUUUUAUAAAAACCAGACUACAUGGAAUAUUCAGGUGUUUUGAAACGGACGCGGGAGCCUUCGACCUGCAGGAGCAUGUAGCCCAGAGGUAGCGUGCUGGUGCUGCAGACACCACAGCUGAAAUUUCCUGCCAGUAAUCCCAUAUUUUCCACCCUGAUUCAUCUGGAAAUCUCUGAGUGGACUUUGCACAGUUUCUCUGCGGCCGGCCUCUUUCAGACAUGUCAGCCCUGACUGGUUCCUGUGCCUGUACUAACUAUCAGAAGCAUCAGUGUGGCUGUUGGUGAGAGACCCACCAAAAGGCCCAGGAUGCCAGGAUGCCCAUCACUCAGGACAACGCCCUCAGCAUCCUCCCAUUGCUGGAGGACUGGCAGGGGGGUCAGACCACAAGACCACAGGAGGACCACAGCCUGAAUCAGGACAGUUCUGGGCACAAGCAUGUGGAUCAAGACUCCACCCAGAAUGGGGAGGGAGACAGCAUGUGCAGUAGCAGCAGUGUUAACAGUGUUCAUGUGGAGGACAUGUCCCUGUGUCUGGCUGCCAUUCAGAAGUUGGUGGAGUACAUUAAGUUCAACUUCAUGGAGGGUGACACAGCUCCAUCAGCCAGCUCCCCCAUCUGCAGGGAGGGCGUAGAUGUGGAGGUUCAUGCUGUUCUCCUCAGUAAAGAUGAGGGUGAUACCACUGAGUUUGGCCUAAGCUUCGGGAACAUCCCAAUAUUUGGGGACCCUGAUGGACGAAAGAAGGGAGGCCCAAGGAGGAGGCGGGACCAGGGCCCUGUUAUGGAUGUGGGCUGUAUCUGGGUGACGGAGGUGAAGAAGAAGAGUCCAGCAGCCCGCUGCGGAGGGAUCAAACUGAGAGACGAACUGCUGUCACUGAAUGGGCAGCUGAUGGUGGGAGUAGACGUCAGCGGAGCCAGUUACCUGGCUGAUCAGUGCUGGAAUGGAGGCUGUAUCUAUCUGAUCAUGCUGCGGCGAGUCAAGCGAAAGGCUCCUCUCCCUCCCUGUGAUGUUAAUGGCGGUGUGAGUACCUCCGUCAGCAGUGACAGCUGUGAAGAGCAGCAGCAGGCCGGAGCUUCGGAGCCCUCUGACAGAUCAGCAAACUGCAAACGCACACGCAAGUUUGGCGUCAUAUCACGAUCGUCCGUUAACCGAGACAACAGGGACAGCACUGAGUCAGAACUCCAGAGCUGCUACAAUGGCUACAACUCUUCUAUUCCCACUGAUAAAAAGGUCAGUCCUCCAGGAGACGAGACCAGCGACAUCCUCUCCUCGGAGGAAAGCCCAGACGCGUUUCCUCAGGUGAGAGCAGCUCGCCAGCAUCAACACAGUGGAGGCAUGGCCACCUUACCUACAAGGUGUCACAGUCAACUGUUAGAAUGCAAGAUGGAUUCUUUCAGCAGUGAACCUCCAAACCAGCCAAGAGAGAGCAGCCACAUCUGGAAGAUGCACAUGGUGAAGGGUCAGGAGGGCCUGGGCAUUCAGAUAACAGGGGGGCGUGGCUCCAAGCGCUCUCCCCAUGGCAUUAUUAUAGCUCAUAUAGAAGAGGGAGGUGCCAUUCACAGGGAUGGUCGUCUUCAUGCUGGUGAUGAGUUGCUGAUGAUCAACGGUCAGUCUCUGGUAGGUCUCACUCAUCAGGAGGCUGUUGCUAUCCUCCGUUCCACUACUGGUCUGGUCCAGCUGGUGGUGGCCAGCAGGGAGGAGUCAGAUGUAGGCUUUGAGCGCUUCCCUUCCACCAGUCUGCCAGACCUGGUCAGCACCUGCAGCUCCUCGUCCUCCCUGUCUCAGACUGUUCUCCCUCGCUCACCACAGACUUCCAACAGCAGCACAAGUCUGCACAACCCUUUCCUGUUGACUAACCUGGAAAAACUAGAUGAACAAAGUCAGGUGGAGGCACCCAAAGGAUCCUCCAGCCCCACACCCAUGAAACUCUGCAGCCGAUCCCAAGGGGGGAGCAGUCGCCUGGAAUCAGUUGGUGAGGAUGACGAGCUGUUUGUGGAGAACGGUGUGAGCGGCUGUGAAGUGGAGCAGAAGCCUCCACCUGGGCGACGUAAACACUCUCUACCUCAACAACUAGAUAGCGCUGGAGUGAGACAGGAAUAUCAGAUAAUUAAGAAAUCAGCCCGCUCCCUGAGCACUAUUCAAGUGGAGUCUCCAUGGCGACUGGCACAGCCGUCUAUUAUCUCCAGUAUAGUGCUGAUGAAAGGCCAGGGCAAGGGCCUAGGAUUCAGUAUUGUUGGAGGGCAGGACUCAGCACGCGGUCAGAUGGGGAUUUUUGUCAAAACCAUUUUCCCUCAUGGAGCUGCUGCAGCUGAUGGACGACUGAAAGAAGGAGAUGAGGUUCUGGAAGUGAACGGAGAGUCUCUCCAAGGACUCACACACCAACAGGCCAUCCAGACCUUCAAGCAACUUAAAAAAGGUGUAGUGACACUGACGAUUAGAACUCGUCUGCGUAGUCCCAGCCUGACGCCCUGCCCGACCCCCACCCUCCUCAGUCGCUCCAGCUCACCCAACUCCUACACCAGUGGGGGAACACCUGUCCCCUCAGGGUUUGAAGAGGCUGAUGGCCGCAAGGGCCCUGGUCCUGGUCCAAAAGACUGUAUCAUCAUGGAGGUCACACUCAAUAAAGAGCCUGGUGUUGGUCUGGGGAUUGGAGUUUGCUGUCUGACCCUGGAGAACUCUGCUCCUGGCAUCUACAUCCACAGCUUGGCUCUGGGAUCUGUGGCCAAGAUGGAUGGCAGACUUAGUCGUGGCGAUCAGAUACUGGAGGUGGACUCAAUCAGUCUUCGUCAUGCUGCUCUUAGUGAGGCCUAUGCCAUCCUCAGUGAAUGUGGCCCUGGACCAGUCAGUCUCAUUAUAAGCAGGCACCCUAACCCCAAGGUAUCAGAGCAGGAGAUGGAUCAGGUUAUAGCUCGAUCCACACACAGAGACAAAAUGAGCAGGAACAGACAUUCAUCUCACUCCCAAGGUCAGUCCUGUAAGAGCCUGAACCCAGCAAUGAAGGACAGGCAGGGAGACGGUUCCCCUGCUCUCAGCUGGACCAUGAAGAGAUUCCUUGAGCCUGCCAGUAGACAGGGGUCCCUGAGCUCGGAGGCAGAGUUAUCUCAGUAUUUCUCCCAGGAUGUUUCCAGCCACUCGUUUCUGUCUGAGACCGUGGUGAUGGACUUGAACAGUGACGAGGCUCUCCACCAGCAGAGCUGUACUACCUCUAUGGAUGACAACUCAGCACAGCCACAUGCUUUCAUCCCCUCCCUAACAGAAGUGGAGAGUGGCCCUGUGUACAGCGCAUCACAAAACAAGACACCUGUUCCACUUAGUACCCAUGUAGAGGCAGGUUGCCAGCCCAUUGCUGUCUCCAGCCCCACCUCAGUGCGGAGCCCACUUCUCCGUCAGCGACGGGUGAUGUGCUUUGAGGACGAGCUCAGUGAUGAUGAGGACUCAGACAACACUGGAAACACCGGGCACUUCCACAGACCAACAAAAUCUGACUCGCUUAACUUCAGUGAUGCCCAAGCAGCCCAAAUUUCCAAAACUGACUCUGCGGUUGUCAUUGCUACAUCUGCUACAUCAUCAUUAGAUGUAGAUGGUGACAGUGAAGAUGGGGGGGAUUUGCAUUUGUGUGGAAGCAGUGAUGUGACAACACCACUCAAUGGUAGUUUCUCACAGUGUGAGGAAGGUAUUACCACUAAGUCUGAGUCACCUGGUUCUGAGUCACCCUUCAUGCCCAUUCGUUGCCCCUUUGAUUACAGAGCAGGGGUGGCAAGCAGUCUGGGCUCUGUGUCUGGUAAUUUGACAAUCAUAAGUGAAAACUAUACAAAUCAAGAUGACGGACAGGUGGAGUCAAAGCGCUCCCCCAAGCUUGAGCAUAAAGCAGUUACACGUGUCAAAAGUAUGAUGAGCAUUGAAGCACCAAACCUGCCUCAGCAGCUAAAGUCCAAAGUUGAUGAGCCCUCUCCAUGCUUGGCCCUAUCCCAGCCCCCAUCCCAACCCACACAGUGUGGAAGAAACCCCAGGACUGCUGGUGGGUCAGUACCCCAUCAGCACUGUAAGAAGGGAGACGCCAGUGAGCUUGAAGGUGUUUGUGCCAUCGACUCUGUGACCCUGAAGAGAAGUGAGGACGAGUCAUUUGGUCUUGACCUGGAGAUUAUGUCAUCCCCUCUGAAAGUUGUCAUCACUGGGUUAAAGCCUGGCGGUGCAGCAGAGAGGGGAUCUUCAGCAAAGCUAUGUCCUGGAGAUGAGAUUGUAAAAAUAGGAGAAAAGCUAGUGUGCUCCUCUAGCUAUCAGGAAAUCUGUGAGCUGAUGCACAACCUCCCUAUGACACUAACGUUGGAAGUCAAGAAACCAGUUUCAGCUGUAGAUCGACUGUCCAGUUUGAUAAUGUCAUCAGGGAGCAGUGAUGGAGCCAUCAGACUGAACACAGCCAGACCUGUUCAGAUGAUGUAUGAUGAAGGACAAGUAAUAAGAGCAAAUUCAGGGAGUUCCAGCCACGCAACUCAAACAGACCAUGACUUUCAAAUACCCAUCACUAAUAUAGAUGACAUUUUAUUAGAGGUGAGCCUCUGCAGUGAUAAAAAUACACACACCAAAUCGCCCUACAAAACAUCUGAUGAGCCUCUAUCCUGCUGUGCAAGCCAACAUACUGUGACCCCAUCUGAGGAAGCUGGCAUUCAAGUUCCUGUAGAAACCCAUCCCUUGGACUUGACUGGACCUAAUGAUGCAGGAAAUGAAAAAUGUGCCAUCCCCCCUGUGCAGAAGGCACAUGUGAACCAACCAAAGGAAAAUGCUGGUUCUAAAUAUAUGUACCCCAUAGGAGAUGACAGUGAUUCAAACAGUGACUCCACCACUGACAGCAGUCUAAUGGUCAAUAAGAUUGCAGACAGUGGUGGAAGUCUUCAUGAGCCCUGUUCAGAUGAGGAAGAAGUGGAGUUUUGUUCUGAUAACCAGCAACCUGCCUCUGAUGGGCACUUUCCUUUAAACCAGUCACCAAAUGGGACUUUACCUUUUCAGCCCACCAGCAGUCAAGAUACAAACCUGGAUCAGACCUUUGAUAUAAUGCAGGUCUCCUCUGAUGUCUCAGUGAGAAACAAAGAAAACUCUGUGUCAACAACUCAGUGCUCACAGUUUUCUCAGUUGUUCAGUUGUUCCUCUACAGACAAAUCACGCCAAUCUUCCAAGAGUACAACACAUGUGUCUUCAACAGAGUGCCACAUUAAUAGUGCCAUUGAACCUGGUGACAAUGUUAAAGUAUGCAUGGCAUCCAGUCCUGGUAGCCGAAGCAUUUACAGCUGCCCUUCCCCACCAGAUAACCACAGUGUCACACAGGGUACUACUGCCUCACUGACCUCAGAUUUACUGAGGCAUUUGAAUACAAAAUUACCCAUUUCAUCUGUGGAAUCAGAGACUCCAGGUUCAAGCACUGGUGCCUCAGAUACGCUGUCAGCAUCAAUGAUAACCAAUGAAAAAGUCUUGAAAUGUAAAACGAAUUUAAACCCCCAUGCUAGUUCCUCACUUAAGAAGACCUCUGGCCUAAAACCCACUGAUAAUUCAGACUGUCCUGUGUGGAGCAGUAUCUUAAAACUCCAGGUUGAAUCUCAAAUCAGACCAAACACUAGUGCUCCCAAAUUGAAAGGCCUAAGUAUUAAAAGUAAGAACCAACCACAGGAAGAGCCUCUCCAAAAAUCUUCAGGGAGUGAAAGUCUAGUUCUUUCAAACACCAAUGUUGCCUUGAACCAGUUAACAAAAUUACCACCAAUGGAAACCAUGUCCAGCUGUGUGAAGACCAAUAACAAGCCUGAUAUGAACAGCUGCCUUGCUUUGCCAAAAAUAAGUGACAGAAGGCAAGUUACACCUGAGCAUGGGCAUACAGGUGGCACUUUACAAACUGUGCAACUGUCCAAGGAGGAGGGCAACCAUUUAGGGUCCAAAGUAACAGCCAAAUCACAGACCCAAUCACACCAACCUUCCACACAGAGGACAUUUAUAGAAGUUCAGCUGUCUUCCUUAUCUGAUUCAUCAUCACCAGUUUUGGCACACUAUGAAACAGUGAAUUCAAAAGACUCUAAACACACUCAAAGAGGCACAGAUGCACGAUUAGCACCUAUGCUUUCUCCUGCUAUUUCCCCUGUAGAAAAAACUAUUGCCAUGGUCCGUAACACAGAAUUUAAUUCACUGUGCUCUGCCAAAGAGACUCAAGCAAUCACAAGUAAUGGCCCAAAACCCAGCACUUUUAUGGAGCCGAGUGAGACCCUAAAGCCCAACACAUCCAGACUAUACGUUAAGACAACGGAAAGGCGAAGCUUCUCCACAGACACUACCUUAACUGCAGACUACAAUCCUUUCUCUGUCCGACAUAAGAUAAAGUCCUUCGAAAACCUGGCUAACUUUGACAAGCCUGUGGCUAGAAGCAGUGACAUUCAGUCUUAUGCGCUGGCAUAUAGAGCCUCACUUAACCAAAGGAUUGCUGGUUAUAUGGGCUUAGUUAAUUCUAUUGACUGUCGGGCACGCCAAAGGAGUUUUAGUUCUUAUGUGGAGAAUCUAAUCCCUAGCACACCCUGCUCACCUCUUCUUGGUAAACCCCCAUCUAACAUAACACUGAUGGACCUUGAGUUACCACCUACAAGCUGCAACACGGCUCCCCUGUUAGAGGACAAUACUGAGGCUGAAGUUCAUAAGGUUCCAGAUGGUAUUACACCACAGACCCCUCCAGUGCUGCGGAGGAAACAUGGCAAACUUCCUCGCAGCAGGUUGCAACAGCUCAGGGCUCUCAGUAUGCCUGAGUUGGAAAAGCUAUGCACAGAGGACUUUACCAGAGGACAUGGUACAGCCACAGAAAAAACUGAGACUGGCAUCCACCCCACAAUACUUACAAAAGCCACAGCGACUGAGAGCUUUCCAACCUCUACAGCUUCAACAAAAGUGGAUGUGAACAGGGUGAGCCAAGGUUAUCCUGGGUCCACUGAUGAGACUCCUCAGAGAAGUCCAGAGACCCAUGGUCAACAACCCAGCUGGUCCAUCAGUUUAAAGGAGCUGGCUUCUUCUCCUCAGAGUCAGUGUAAGCUGCAAACACUGCUGUUCUCCCCGACAGUUAAAUCCUACGUGUUGGCCCUGCUUCAGGAGGCCGAGGCCUUCUCUGAGCAGGUUAACGACAGUACUCACCUCGUCGUCUUGGGUAAAGAAGAAGGCUCAGGACUUGGCUUCAGUGUUGCUGGUGGAGUCGACCUUGAGCAGAAGGCAAUAACUGUUCAUCGGGUCUUCACCAAAGGUGCAGCCAGCCUCGAAGGCACAAUCCAGAGAGGGGACAGCAUUUUAUCCAUAAAUGGCACAAGUCUGGAGGGUAAAACACAUGGAGAGGCUGUGUCUUGUCUACAUCAAGCCAGGUUGUCCAGUCAAGCCUUAGUGGUCAUCUUGAGAGACAAGGACAGUGAAGUGAGUGUCUCUGACAGACAGGACUCAGCUUACCAGUCAAAGAGUCUGUGUUCUGCCAGGAACAAGUCUUUGGAAGCUGGAGCAGUGGUGGAUGUAGGUCCAGACGGUGCUUUAACAGUGGAGCUUCACAAGACUUCUGCUGGCCUAGGCUUCAGUCUGGAGGGGGGGAAGUCCUCAAGCCACGGAGACAGGCCUCUCGUUGUCAAACGCAUCUUUAAAGGAGGCGCUGCAGAGCUGUCGGGGCUUAUCCAAGUUGGUGAUGAGGUCCUGUCCAUCAACGGCUGUUCUCUGGAGGGCCUCAUGCACCAUGAUGCCUGGAAAAUCAUCAAAGCCACUAACGAAGGGCCCAACCACCUGGUCAUCCGUAAGCUGAGGACCUGACUGUACAGAACAAGAAUAUGGAAACCUCCUGAAGGACUAAUGUGAAAUGGACGCGCAGUUGAAACGAGGAUUUUUUUUGCCACUUUUUUUGCAAAUUUUUUGAUGGACUUAAUUUGAGAUUUUGUGUUUGUGUUGUUACAUGUGUUUAAACUUAUAAAUAGGUCAGACUGGGUGCAGUAACUAUAGUAUUGUACAGUGCUUAAUUCUGAUUUAUUUCAGAUGAGGAAGUGCAGUUUGUUUACAGUAGAUUUCCUUUGGAAGGCUGAAGAAAACAAUGUGGCUGUCAGUUGUUUCUUUUUUUAAAUAAAGUCAGUUUGUGAAAGGA